GCCCCUGUGGAGCUUGGAGCGUGCACCCUGGGGAUGAAGCCACAAAGCGCACCAUGGCAGCCGGCUUCUUCGUCAGCAAGACCCUGGGCAUCGUGAGCAUGAUCCUGGGCCUGGGCGCCGUGGCCACCAUCAUCGCCCUCUCAGUCGUGUACUCGCAGGAGAAGGAAAAAAACGCAGCGACUUUGCUGCCCAGCAUCGCUUCCACCCCAGCCACCACUCCCGGCAAAGCCACCCCAGCCACCACUCCCAGCAAGGCCACCCCGGCCAACGUGACCAACACAACCCCCCUGGCCACCACGGCCGCCCCCGCCAAUCCCUGGAACAACUUCAGACUCCCCCAGUCCCUGAUCCCGGAGCACUAUGCCGUGACCCUGCAGCCCUUCCUGACCAAGGACGCCUCCGGCCUCUACAUCUUCAAAGGAAACAGCACCGUGCGCUUCUCCUGCCAGAAUGCCACCGACCUCAUCCUGAUUCACAGCAAGCAGCUCAACUACACGGAGCAGAGCGGCUUCCUUGUCUCGCUGCAGGGGGUGAGUGGCUCCAGCCCCCCGCCCAUCACAAAGACCUGGCUGGAGACCCAGACCCAGUAUCUGGUGGUGCAGCUCCAGGGGCCGCUGGAGAAAGGCAAGAGCUACGAGCUAGUCAGCAGCUUCACGGGGGAGCUGGCCGAUGACCUGGCUGGCUUCUACCGCAGCGAGUAUGUGGAGGAUGGAGUGAACAGGGUCGUGGCCACCACGCAGAUGCAGGCUCCCGACGCGCGGAAAGCCUUCCCCUGCUUCGACGAGCCCGCCAUGAAGGCCAACUUCACGGUCACACUGAUCCACAGCCCCAGCCACACGGCACUGUCCAACAUGCCUGUGCAGAGCUCCGUGCAGCAGACCAUCGAUGGCACCAGCUGGAACAUCACUGAAUUCCAGACCACCCCCAAGAUGUCCACAUACCUGCUGGCCUUCAUCGUCAGCCAGUUCGAGGCAGUGCAGGCCAUGCAGGACAACGUGCUGAUCCGGAUCUGGGGCCGGCCAAAGGCCAUCGCAGCCGGGCAAGGGGACUAUGCACUCAACGUGACCGGGCCCAUCCUCAAGUUCUUCGAAAACCAUUACAACACGUCAUACCCACUGCCCAAGUCUGACCAGGUUGCCCUUCCAGACUUCAACGCAGGUGCCAUGGAGAACUGGGGACUGGUGACGUACCGGGAGAACUCGCUGCUCUACGACCCUCUCUUCUCCUCCAUUGGCAACAAGGAGAGGGUGGUGACGGUGAUCGCUCAUGAGCUUGCCCACCAGUGGUUCGGGAACCUGGUGACCCUGCGCUGGUGGAACGACCUGUGGCUGAACGAGGGCUUUGCCUCCUACGUGGAGUACCUGGGCGCGGACUCAGCUGAGCCUUCCUGGCACAUCAAAGACCUGAUAGUGCAGAGUGAGAUGUACCGUGUGAUGAAGGUCGACGCGCUGGCCUCCUCGCACCCGCUUUCCUUCCUGGAGAGCGAGAUCAACACACCGGCGCAGAUCAGCGAGGUCUUCGACUCCAUCGCCUACAGCAAGGGGGCGUCGGUGCUGCGGAUGCUCUCGGAGUUCCUCACGGAGGACAGCUUCAAGAAGGGGCUGCAGUCCUACCUCCACGCCUUCAGCUACGGAAACACGGUCUACGACGAUCUGUGGACUCAUUUGCAAAAGGUGGUGGAUGAAGACAAAAUUCAGCUCCCCACCACCAUCAAAGGCAUCAUGGAUCGCUGGACACUGCAGAUGGGCUUCCCCAUGGUGACUGUGAACACGAAAGUUGGCUCCAUUAGCCAGAGACACUUCUUACUGGACACCGAAUCCACUGUCGAGCGGCCCUCGGCGUUCAACUACACCUGGAUAGUCCCUGUCACUUGGAUGAAGCAGCAGGAUGGGGCAGAACAGAUGUACUGGCUCACCGAGACCUCAGCCACCAACUCAUCGUUUGUGGUGACUGGUGCCUCCAACUGGCUCCUGCUCAACAUCAACGUGACGGGGUAUUUCCGGGUGAACUACGACCAGGACAACUGGAACAAGCUGCUGACCGAGAUGGGCACCAGUCACGAGGCCAUCCCGGUGAUAAACCGAGCCCAGAUCAUUGACGAUGCCUUUAACCUGGCCAGGGCUAAACACAUCAACAUCACGCUGGCUCUGAAUACUACCACCUACCUGGGCAAGGAGCGGGAGUACCUGCCCUGGAGCGCCGCCCUCGACAACCUGGGCUACUUCCGCCUGAUGUUUGACCGCAGCGAGGUGUACGGCCCCAUGCAGAAAUACAUCCGGAAGCAGGUGACCCCCUUGUUCCAGUACUUUGGAAACAUCACCUCCAACUGGACCAGGCUCCCGGAUGGCUUGAUGGAGCAGUACAACGAGAUCAACGCCAUCAGCACGGCCUGUUCCCAAGGCGUCAGUGAGUGCACGCAGCUGGCGGCCGCCUUCUUCAACCAGUGGAAGCAAAACCCCAGCAACAACCCGAUCCCCCCGAACCUGCGCUCCUCCAUCUACUGCAGCGCCAUAGAGACGGGCAGCGAGGCGGACUGGGACUUCCUCUGGCAGAUGUUUAAAAACGCCACGGUGGUGGCCGAAGCCGACAAGCUCCGCUCGGCCCUGGCCUGCAGCAAGGAGCCUUGGAUCUUGAAAAGGUAUCUGGAGUACUGCCUGGAUCCCAGCAAAAUCCGGAAGCAGGACGCCACAUCCACCAUCAACAGCAUCGCCAGUAACGUGGUGGGGCAGAGCCUGGCCUGGGACUUCAUCCGGGGCAACUGGAAGACCCUUUUCAGCCAGUACGGCGGGGGCUCCUUCUCCUUCUCGGGCCUGAUCCAGGUGGUGACGCAGCGGUUUGCCUCUGAGUUCGAGCUGCAGCAGCUGGAGCAGUUCAAGGCAGACAACGCCGACGUGGGCUUUGGCUCGGGCACGCGGGCGCUGGAGCAGGCGCUGGAGAAGACCAAAGCUAAUAUCAAAUGGGUGGCAGAGAACAAGGAGACGGUGCUGACGUGGUUUGAGACGGCAAGCAGCUGA